GUCUGCGGCAGUCAUAUUGGAUUUGGUCAUCAUUAUUUGAUAACACAAACAUGGCAGACUUUACUUUCACGUGUGACGUAAUGUAGCUGCAACUAUUCCACUGAGUGUUCGGUGUGAACGCUAUAUUCGAGUGGCCAAGAUGACGGAGGUAAAAGUAAAGCAAGAGAGCGGGGAAGCAAUGGAGAUAGAGAACAGGAUUAUAGAGCUGUGUCAGCAGUUCCCUCACGGUAUUACAGACCAAGUUAUCCAGAAUGAGAUGCCUCACAUUGAAGCUAAACAACGUGCUAUGACUAUCAACCGGCUGCUGUCCACUGGACAGCUGGACCUCCUUAGAAGUGCCGCCGGACUCCUGUACAGAAUUAAGGAUGCUCAAACUGCGGGUAAGAUGAAGGGGUCAGAUAAUCAAGAGAAACUAGUUUAUCAAAUAAUCGAGGAUGCAGCUAACAAAGGUAUUUGGAGCAGAGACAUAAGAUAUAAAAGCAAUCUGCCUUUGACAGAAAUCAACAAAAUUCUUAAGAACUUGGAAAGUAAGAAACUCAUUAAAGCUGUAAAGUCUGUAGCGGCUUCAAAGAAGAAAGUUUACAUGCUGUACAACGUGCAGCCCGAUCGCUCUGUGACCGGAGGAGCUUGGUACAGUGACCAGGAUUUUGAGUCUGAAUUUGUAGAAGUUUUAAAUCAACAAUGUUUUAAGUUCUUACAAACCAAGGCAGAAGCAGCCAGGGAUAGCAAGCAGAAUCCCAUGAUUCAAAGAAAUAGCUCAUUUGCUUCAUCUCAUGAAGUUUGGAAAUUUAUCUGUGAACUAGGGAUCAGCAAGGUGGAAUUAUCAAUGGAAGAUAUUGAAACCAUUCUAAACACAUUAAUUUAUGAUGGGAAAGUAGAAAUGACUAUAAUCGCUGCAAAAGAGGGGACAGUCGGCAGUGUGGAUGGUCAGAUGAAGCUUUAUAGAGGAGUAAACCCCAUAAUACAACCUGCUGGUUUAGUGCGUACACCCUGUGGCCUAUGUCCGGUUUUCGAUGACUGCCACGAAGGAGGUGAAAUCUCUCCAUCUAAUUGUAUAUAUAUGACCGAAUGGCUGGACUUUUGACAACUUCUGAUGCUGGUCGUGCGAGGGUAUGGGAAGAAUAAAAUACUACAGGACCAGGGAUGUCCGUCAUGGGAGCUGAACUGUAUAAAUUAUAGAAGAGAUUUAUUUUAUAUUUUUGAAAAUGUUAUUGAUGCCAACAUAAAGCAUUUGAUGAAUGUUCAUUACAUUACCAAAAUCACUAAACAAAAUAACCCAUUGUGUUUUAUUUACACCUUAUUUGUGAAAUAGCAAUUUGCAAUGCCAUGGACAUUAAACCAUUUCCUAAAGGUUCAAACACAAAUACUAUUUUGACUGGAGAAUGAAACUGAGUUUGGUAAAGUCUAAUAAAUGUUGUAAAUAUAAGGAUGACUUAGUCGCUAAAGGCUUUUUGUUUUAAAAAAAAAACAUGUACAGUAUUUAAAAAAAGAGGGAGAAUAAUUGUGUGAGCUUUUAAUAUCAUUUAUACAGGUUUGCUAAAAACACAUUGGCUAUGUAAACAAGUUAAAAUAAAGUUAUUAAAAUUCACAUUUAAUUCCCCAUAAAAUGUUGAAUUAUGAAUAGUUGAAAA